AUGGCAAUGAGAUUCUUCAGCCAGCAAAGGCGAACACAAAUGUUGGCAAGGCGAGUGGUGGAGCCUUGUGACGUGUUCCUGAACCACAGGUGCAUGGACACGAAGAAAACGGUGGCGACGUUGCUCUAUGACCAUCUGAAGAGACACGGUUUCAACCCUUUCUUGGACAACAAGAACAUGAAGCCAGGGGACAAACUGUUUGAGAAAAUCAACAGGGCUGUUAUGGAGUGCAAGAUUGGCGUGGCGGUUCUGUCUCCACGCUACACUGAAUCCUACUUUUGCCUCCACGAGCUCGCACUUCUUCUCGGGUGCAACAAGAAGGUCAUUCCCAUCUUCUGCGACGUCAAGCCCUCUCAGUUGCGUGUUGUCAACAACCCUAAGUGGUCAGAAGACGAGUUUCGUCGCUUCAGAUGGGCUCUUGAGGAGGUUAAGUACACCGUUGGACUCACCUUCAAUUCCUCUAAAGGGAACUUGUCCGAAAUUGUGAACAGUUCUUCCGACAUCAUCGUUGGCAGCAUGAUAGAGCUUGAGAAUGAAGAGAGGAUGGUGCAAAAGAAGUUACCAAUUCCUCUUUAG